GUAGCUUCGCUGUUGACAGAAAGAAAAAGAAAUAAAAGGUGUUAACAAUAGAGUUCCCCUUCGAGAAAUUCAUUUCAGAUAUUUUUCUCUUCACCGGAUCUCGAGAUCAGCCAACGAUGGCCGCCGACGGAAUAUUCCGAUGCAUCUUCGAAGGCUGUAUCUCAGGUCUCGAUUCCGGCAUCGAGAGGCGUCCUUACCACAAAAACUGCGAUUGCGCGCUUCACGGGAAAAGUAAAAAUCAGCGGCGGAAGUCUUGCCGACGCCACGGAAGCUCGGAGAGCAUCUCGUUCCCGAUGCGGCGGUCAUGGAGCGAAGGCAACGUCCUGGCGAUGAAUUUCCCGUCUUCUUCUUCGAAUCUCCAGUCUCUUUCUUCGUCUUCUUCUCUCACAACUUUGGCAUCGCUGGCCGAUUCGCCGGUGGAUACUACUGCUGCGUUGGAGGAUCCGAGCAGAUCUCAUCAUCAGUUGGGAUGGACGAUUGCCGAAGGUGAAGAUGUUUGAAUGGCGGUUAUUUCCACAUCUAUGGUUGUUUUUAACUGCCAUUCUCCAUGGUUUGAUUUAAGUAUGUGAGCCUUGCUGUUUUCUCUUGUAUGAUGAUGACGACCACGAUUAUUCCCACAUUUUGCAUUCUUUUUAACUAGUUGAAUUCUUUUGCAAUA